CUGGGUCACUGCUUGUUACACACACACGUACUGAAGAUGCGCGCUGUAGUUUUUGUGUUUGUGGUGUUGGUGGUGACUCUGGCUUCCGCCAGACCUGAGAAGGUUGCUGCUGCUGGUGCUGCUGGCGAACCCAACCAGAGGUUCUUUAUACCCAACGUGGUAAGCUCUCUACAAGGAGCCAUCAAUGGCUUCUUGAACCCGUUCAACAAACCCGGCUUCGCCGGCAAACCGGGUCUCUUCGGCGGAGGAUACGGAGGUGCACCAGGUCUCUUCGGCGGACCUGGCCUCUUCGGCGGAGGAUACAAUGGAGUACCUGGCCUCUUCGGAGGUAGCGGCUUGGAUGGUCUUAACUUCAACAAAGGAGGUGGCUACAAUGGAUAUUUCCCUGGAAGCUAUGGCGGCUAUGGGCAGGGUGCCUAUGGACCUGGCUAUGGCUACACCAAUUUCUACGGAUAGUGGCGUCGACUCUCUCCCAAAAUACUUCCCAUAUAGUCACUCAACAAUUAUUUAUUUAAAAACAAUACAUUUCUUCACCAUUUGUCAUUUUUUGAAGUCUAUCGCAGUAAUUUAUGCACUAUAUUUCAAUAAAAUUUA